AUGGAAGUGAAGGAGGAGAGAGAAGAACUGAGAGAAGUGAAAGAGGAGAGAGAAGAACUGAGAGAAGUGGAGGAGGAACAUCAUGUCCAGCCUGGAGGAAAACCCUUGAGUCGCUCAAAGACUAAAAGUUCAUUUUUAAAGAAAAGACGAGCAAAGAAAUCUUUCACCUGCACUCUGUGUGGAAACAGUUUCACAAUCCAAGCUAGUCUUGAGCGUCACAUGAUGAUCCACACUGGAGAGAAGCCGUUCUCAUGUGAUCAGUGCGGGAAGAGUUUCAGUCUAUCUUCACACCUUAAUGUUCACAUGAGGAUUCAUACUAGAGAACAACCUUACAAGUGUUCACACUGUGACAAGAGAUUCAGUCAAUCAGCACAUCUGAAAGCACAUGAGAGGAGCCACACUGGAGAAAAACCUUACAAGUGUUCACACUGUGACAAGAGAUUCAGUCAAUCAGCAAAUCUGAAAACACAUGAGAUGAUCCACACUGGAGAAAAACCUUACAAGUGUUCACACUGUAAAAAGAGAUUCAGUCAGUUAUCAUCUCUGAAAACGCAUGAGAGGAUCCACACUGGAGAACAACCUUACAAGUGUUCACACUGUGACAAGAGAUUCAGUCUGUCAUCAUCUCUGAAAACACAUGAGAUGAUCCACACUGGAGAAAAACCUUACAAGUGUUCACACUGCGACAAGAGAUAUGGUCGAUCAACACAUCUGAAAACACAUGAGAUGAUCCACACUGGAGAACAACCUUACAAGUGUUCACACUGCGACAAGAGAUUCAGUGAGUCAUCAUCUUUGAAAACACAUGAGAUGAUCCACACUGGAGAAAAACCUCACAAGUGUUCACACUGCGACAAGAGAUUCGGUCGAUCAACACAUCUAAAAACACAUGAGAUGAUCCACACUGGAGAAAAACCUUACAAGUGUUCACACUGUGACAAGAGAUUCAGUCUGUCAUCAUCUCUUAAAACACAUGAGAGGAUCCACACUGGAGAAAAACCUUACAACUGUUCACACUGUGAAAAGAGAUUUGGUCGAUCAUCACAUCUGAAAACACAUGAGAGGAUCCACACUGGAGAGAAGCCGCACACGUGUGAUCAGUGUGGGUCGAGUUUCUCUAUUAAAACUAAUCUUGAGAUUCACAUGAGGAUCCACACCGGAGAGAAGCCGUUCAAAUGUGAUCAGUGUGGGAAGAGUUUCAGUCUAUCUUCAUCCCUUAAUGAUCACAUGAGGAUCCACACCGGAGAGAAGCCGUUCACAUGUGAUCAAUGCGGACAGACAUUUCUCAGUGCAUCACACCUGAAGACACACCUGAGAGUUCAUACAAAGGAGAAGCCGUAUUCAUGUUCUGUCUGUGGAAAGAGUUUUUCACAGCUGCCAACUUUACAUAGACAUGAAAAAACUCACACUGGUGUGAGAGAGUACAUGUGCUUUGAGUGUGAGAAGACUUUUACUACAGCGGACAGUUUAAAACACCACGAGAGAAUUCACACUGGAGAAAAACCUUACAAGUGUUCACACUGCGACAAGAGAUUCAGUCAGUCGUCAUCUCUCAAAACACAUCAGAGGAUCCACACUGGAGAACAACCUUACAUGUGUUCACACUGUGACAAGAGAUUCAGUCAUUCAGGACAUUUGAAAACACAUGAGAUGAUCCACACUGGGGAAAAACCUUACAAGUGUUCACACUGUGACAAGAGAUUCAGUCGUUCAUCAUCUCUGAAAAAACAUGAGAGGAUCCACACUGGAGAAAAACCUUACAAGUGUUCACACUGUGACAAGAGAUUCAGUCACUCAUCAUCUCUGAAAACACAUGAGAGGAUCCACACUGGAGAAAAACCUUACAAGUGUUCACACUGUGACAAGAGAUUCAGUCGCAGCAGCGAUCUUGAGAUUCACAUGAGGAUCCACACCGGAGAGAAGCCGUUCUCAUGUGAUCAAUGCGGGAAGAGUUUCAGUCAAUUAGCAAACCUUAAUCUUCACAUGAGGAUCCACACCGGAGAGAAGCCGUUCUCAUGUGAUCAGUGUGGGAAGAGUUUCAGUCAAUCGUCACACCUUAAUGUUCACAUGAAGAUCCACACUGGAGUGAAGUCGUUCUCAUGUGAUCAAUGCGGAAAAACAUUUCUUAGGUCAUCAGACCUGAAGACACACCUGAUGGUUCAUACGAAGGAGAAGCCGCAUUCAUGUUCUGUGUGUGGAAAGAGUUUUUCACUACUGCAACAUUUACAUAGACAUAAGAAAACUCACUCUGGUGUGAGAGACUACAUGUGCUUUAAGUGUGAGAAGACUUUUACUACAGCGGGCAAUUUAAAACUGCACCAGAGGAUUCACACUGGAGAAAAACCUUACAAGUGUUCACACUGUGAUGAGAGAUUCAGUCACUCAUCAUCUGUGAAAACACAUGAGAGGAUCCACAAUGGAGAAAAACCUUACAUGUGUUUACACUGCGACAAGAGAUUCAGUCAAUCAUCAAAUCUGAAAACACAUGAGAGGAUCCACACUGGAGAGAAGCCGCACACUUGUGAUCAGUGCGGGAAGAGAUUCAUUGACUCAUCAUCCCUUAAAAAUCACAUGAUAAUGCACACCGGAGAGAAGACGUUCUCAUGUGAUCAAUGUGGCAAAACAUUUCUUAGGGCAUCAAACCUGAAGGUACACCUGACAGUUCAUACGAAGGAGAAGCCGUAUUCAUGUUCUGUGUGUGGAAAGAGUUUUUCACUGCUGCAAACUUUACACGGACAUCAGAAAAUUCACACUGGUGUGAGAGAGUACAUGUGCUUUGAGUGUGAGAAGACUUUUACUAGAGCGGACAGUUUAAAACUGCACCAGAGAAUUCACACUGGAGAAAAACCUUACAAGUGUUCACACUGCGACAAGAGAUUCAGUCAAUCAUCAUCUCUGAAAACACAUGAGAGGAUCCACACUAAAGAGAAAGCUUACAUGUGUUUCCACUGCGACAAGAGAUUCAGUAGUUCUUCAUCUCUGAAAAAACAUGAGAUGAUCCACACUGGGGAAAAACCUUUCAAGUGUUCACACUGUGACAAGAGAUUCAGUCACUCAUCAUAUCUGAAAAUACAUGAGAGGAUCCACACUGGAGAAAAACCUUACAAGUGUUCACACUGUAAAAAGAGAUUCAGUCAAUUAACACAUCUAAAAACACAUGAGAGGAUCCACACUGGAAAAAAACCUUACAAGUGUUCACACUGCGACAAGAGAUUCAGUGACUCAGGAACUCUGAAAACACAUGAGAUGAUCCACACUGGAGAAAAACCUUACAAGUGUUCACACUGUAAAAAGAGAUUCAGUCAAUUAGCAAAUCUGAAAAGACAUGAGAGGAUUCACACUGGAGAGAAGCCGCACACGUGUGAUCAGUGCGGUUCGAGUUUCUCUAUUAAAAGUCACCUAAAGCUACACAUGAAGAUCCAUACAAUGGAGAAACCACUUAAACACAGUCUGAGAUCACGAUGAUAAGGAACAGACCACCAGAGACACUAGAGAUCUUGUGCCUUUGGGACAUUAACAGCAGAGAGUUGAAGAUGCCAUGAGGAGGAACAGACCACCACAGACACUAGAUCUUGUUCGGCUUGCCAAAUAUAUAAUAACUAUGUAAUAUAAUAACUAGUGCUGUCAAACGAUUAAAAUAUUUAAUCGCAUUAAUGUAGUUAACUCGCUGUUA